CACCAUGCCACCGCAGGCAAAAGUACAAAAGCCUGUGGCUAGUCAGACUAAAAAAUCAAGCGCAAAGCCUACGUGGAAGAAGCAAAUUAGUCCCGAGGAGAAAUCAAAACGUCUUUUUCGGUCAUUGUGCGCUCAAAUUGAUGGAGGUCAUUUCAAGAACGCACUAAAGACAUGCGACAAGAUUCUGCGAAUCGAUGCAAAGGAUGCGGAUGCCCUGCAGACAAAGUUAUUCCUCCUGCUCCAAACAGAUCAGUGCGGCCCCGCCCUCGAGCUCGUGGAGUCGCUCAGUGAUUCUGCGUCCCGCGAAUUUGAAAAGGCGUAUGCCCUUUAUAGACUUCACAGAGAAAAUGAAGUAGCAGAAUUACUACCUCGACUUAAAGCCUCUCAAGGAACUGACGCGGUGUAUGACCGCGGCGUACUACACCUCGAGGCACAAUUGGCAUAUCGACGGUGUGAAUAUCAGGACGCCUUCGAUCUCUACACGCAGCUUCUUGAUUCGUCUUCCGUGAAUUCGGAAGAACAUGCGGACCUAGUCACUAACCUCAAUGCAGCUCAAGCACACCUUGAUUUCCUUACGACAGGGUACCUUCACGCGCUCGAUGACCUCCCUCCGAGUGUCACCAAUAGCCUCGAGACUGCUCCUCCACCAGCUCCUCCUGGUAGCAUGGCCCUCCCGAAUGCAAUCAUCACUUCGUCACAAGCUCCAGGAACAUCAACUCAACCUACGGAGACGAAGAAGAAGGUGCGGAUGUCGCACGUGCCCAAGGGUGUCGUGCCCGGUGUUACCCCUCCUCCGGACUCGGAGAGGUGGAUCAAGAAGAGCGAAAGGAGUACGUUUGGCCAAGGGAUGGGGAAACGUAGAAAAACUGGAGGUGGUGCGACACAAGGAAGCGUGGCUGAACAUCCUUCUGGUCACACUGCCAAGGCCGGAGGCGGGAAAAAUAAGAAAAAGAAGUGACAAAAUUUGUAGUGUAUCUAUUCAUCAUACACCAGGAUUCGCAUCCCUGCCUGUCUCGCACGAGUGUGAAUUAUCAAUCUAUCAACACACGAUUUAUUAAAAUUAAAUUCGCGUACCA